AUGGCAACCGUCCAGCAGCAGCUCUUGAGGGUCCCCAACCUCCUAUAUCUGGGCGUUCUCGUUGGUGUUUUGAUCUACUGGCUAUAUGGUAGAAGAUCUCAAUUGCUCAAAUGGACAGAGCAGUAUGGCGAGAUCAUGCAGGUCCAAAUCGGCUGGGAAAACUGGAUUUAUUUGAAUACUCCAGAUGCAGUCAAGGAAGUUUUGGAUAAACACUCCUCAGUGACUUCAGGUCGAAUGCCAAUGCCUGUUGCAAGUGAUCUUAUUAGCAAUGGCAUGAGAUUCCUCCUGAUGGACUAUACUCCGACAUGGCGCAAACUUCGAACCAUUGUGCACAAACUACUCACCCCGAAAGCAUCACACACUUUCUUGCCCUCGCAGCUGUUCGAGGCGAAACAGUUGGUCUAUGACAUCUUGACGGACAACCAAAAUCAGGAGGAUUUCUACAUGCACGUCCGACGCUACUCGUCGUCCGUCGUUUUGACAUCGACAUAUGGGUUGAGAGUGCCAAAAUGGGACUGCGAGGAGAUACGAGAAAUCUAUGGACUGAUGAAGGAAUUCUCAGAAAGUACCGCCCCUGGAGCCUUUCUCGCAGACAUGAUUCCUCCCCUUGGCCGGCUGCCCGUGUUUCUCCAAUGGUGGAGGAAGCGUGCCCUACGGUAUCAAAAGCGACAGUCGAGCAUCUGGAUGAAGUACUGGAGCGGACUCCAAGCGCAAAUCUACCAGAAGACUGCACCAGAAUGCUUCGUCAAACAAUUCAUCGAGACUGAUUAUCAACGUCAAGAUAUCAGCGAGAUGCAAGCUGCCUUUGUCGCCGGAACCAUGAUCGAAGCAGGCUCAGAAACCACUUCAGCUGCACUGAAUUCUCUCAUUCUCUAUCUAUCCGCCGACCCAGCAGUACAAGCUCGCGCCCACGCCGAGCUGGACAAAGUCGUCGGAACCUCAUCGUCGCCCACAUUCGAGCACGAACCAGACUUGCCCUACAUCCGAGCCAUGGUCAAGGAGAUUUUGCGAAUUCGUGCCGUGACCAGCAUUGGGGCUCCGCACUACACCAGCGCAGACAUCGUGUACAAGGACUAUUUCAUUCCGAAAAACAGCGUCGUCUCACUGCAUCAGUACGCUAUUCACUUGGACCCAACGAGAUACCCGGAUCCCAGAAGCUACAAACCAGAGAGGUAUCUGGACCAUCCAUUGAAAGCUGGAGCAUACGUAGCUCACCCUGACCCUUAUGCUCGCGAUCACUUUAAUUUUGGUGCAGGUCGCCGCGUGUGUCCUGGUAUGCAUCUGGCGGAAAACAGUCUAUUCAUCACCCUUGCGAAGCUCCUAUGGGCCUUCAAGAUUGAACCUGCUAUUGGACCGGAUGGGCAAAUUCAACCGGUAGACACUUCGGAUGAGGCCUACGAGCUUGGUUCCAAUACCUUGCCACGGCCAUUCAAGGCACGAUUCAUCCCGAGAGAUGCUCAGAGAGAACAGGUGACGCGAGAUGAGUGGGCUCAAGCGCGGGCUGAUGGGUUUUACUUGGGUCGAGUGAAGGUGGGUGUGCAUGGGAUGAUUCACGGAUCAGGAUAG